CCGCGGCUCUAGGAAUGGGCGGAGCCCCGGCCGCUUGUGCUGGUGGCCACCGCCGCUGCCCAAGCCGGAGACCGAGCUGCCGACUUAGUUCCCGCGCGUCGCUGCUUCUCAGAGCGGCGGAAUGCUGGGGAAAGGGGUAGUCGGCGGUGGCGGUGGCACCAAAGCGCCAAAGCCCUCCUUCGUGUCGUACGUGCGCCCGGAGGAAAUUCACACAAACGAAAAGGAAGUAACAGAGAAGGAAGUAACUCUUCACUUGUUGCCAGGUGAACAGCUGCUUUGUGAAGCCAACACUGUCCUGAAGUAUGUGCAGGAAGAUUCCUGUCAGCGUGGAGUCUAUGGGAGACUUGUUUGCACAGACUUCAAGAUUGCCUUCUUAGGCGAUGACGAAUCUGCAUUGGAUAAUGGUGAAACUCAGUUUAAGAAUAAGGUUAUGGGAGAAAAUGACAUUACACUCCACUGUGUUGAUCAGAUUUAUGGAGUGUUUGAUGAGAAAAAAAAAAUUCUCUCUGAACAACUGAAGAAAUACCCUGAGAAACUUAUCAUCCACUGCAAAGACCUCCGAGUGUUUCACUUUUGUCUGAGAUACACAAAAGAAGAGGAAGUCAAAAGGAUUGUCCAUGGCAUAAUUCAUCAUACCCAGACCUCUAUACUUCUUAAGAGAUUAUUUCUGUUUUCCUAUGCAACUGCUGCACAAAACAAUACAGCUACUGAUCCCAAGAACCAGACAGUAAUGUUUGACACACUUAAGGACUGGUGCUGGGAGUUGGAACGGACAAAAGGCAAUGUGAAGUACAAAGCAGUGAGUGUCAAUGAAGGCUAUAGAAUCUCUGAGAGGUUGCCAGCAUACUUUGUUGUCCCUACCCCUCUUCUUGAAGAGGAUGUGCAACGCUUUCAGGGUCACAACAUACCAAUAUGGUGUUGGUCCUGCCACAAUGGAAGUGCCCUUUUGAAAAUGUCGGCACCGCCCAAAGAACAGGAUGAUGGUGUUUUGCAAAUCCAGAAGAGUGUCUCGGAUGGAAUUUACAAGAUCAUCCAUAGGCCACCCUAUGAAAUGGUUAAAACUGAAGAUCUAUCAAGCAACUUCAUAUCCUUGCAGGAAAUCCAGACGGCAUACUCUAAAUUUAAACAGCUAUUUCUGAUAGAUAACAGUACUGAAUUUUGGGACACAGACAUAAAAUGGUUUUCACUUUUGGAAAAUAGCAGCUGGCUUGACAUAAUCAGACGUUGCCUGAAAAAAGCAAUAGAGAUUAUAGAAUGUCUGGAAGCACAAAACAUGAACGUUCUUCUUUUAGAGGAAAAUGCCUCCGACCACUGCUGCCUCCUUUCCUCUCUGGUGCAAGUGAUGAUGGACCCCCACUGCCGAACCAAGAUUGGUUUCCAGAGCCUCAUCCAAAAGGAGUGGGUCAUGGGUGGCCACUGUUUCUUGGAUCGCUGCAACCAUCUCCGCCAGAGUGACAAGGAGGAGGUUCCUGUGUUCCUGCUUUUCUUAGAUUGUGUCUGGCAGCUGGUGCACCAGCAUUCCCCAGCAUUUGAAUUCACAGAGACUUACCUGACGGUCUUGUCAGAUAGCCUGUACAUACCUAUUUUUAGCACCUUCUUCUUCAAUUCACCUCAUCAAAAAGAUACUAACAUGGGUAGAGAAAGCCUAGAUACACAAAGCAAGCCUUUGAAUCUGCUCACCGUGUGGGAUUGGUCUGUACAGUUUGAACCCAAAGCCCAGAUGUUGCUCAAAAACCCUCUCUAUGUGGAAAAGUCAAAACUGGACAAAGGCCAACGGAAAGGAAUGCGUUUUAAACACCAACGACAACUUUCUUUGCCACUCACCCAAUCGAAGUCAUCUCCCAAAAGAGGAUUUUUCAGGGAAGAGACAGAUCAUUUAAUUAAAAACCUUCUGGGCAAGAGAAUUAGUAAACUUAUUAAUUCUUCUGAUGAGCUGCAAGACAACUUUCGAGAGUUUUAUGACAGCUGGCAUAGCAAGCCUACUGACUACCAUGGUUUGUUGUUGCCUCGUGUAGAGGGGCCAGAAAUCAAAGUCUGGGCCCAGCGCUACUUGCGCUGGAUUCCAGAAGCCCAAAUCCCAGGUGGUGGCAGAGUGGCCACGAUGAGCAAACUCUUGGAAAUGAUGGAGGAAGUCCAGAGCUUACAAGAGAAAAUCGAUGAGAGACACCACAGCCAGGAGGCCUUCCAGGCAGAGGCCCCCUGCCUGCUGAGGAACUCUGCCCGCCUGUCCUCUUUAUUUCCUUUCGCUUUGCUCCAGCGACAUUCAUCUAAGCCGGUCUUGCCCACCAGUGGCUGGAAAGCCUUGGAAGAUGAAGAGGAUCUGGCCAAACGAGAAGAUGAGUUUGUGGAUCUAGGGGAUGUGUGACUUGUGUGCUCAGUGAUUGUGAAAAUGGCUUGUGGGAGAAUGGGACAGUUGAUCCCUGGGCUGGUCCUAUGCUAAGGCUGGGAGGGUCAUUAGCCUGGCGCUCUUGGAGAAAACUUGGGCCUUCAGGAAA